AUGGCAGGGCGCAAGACAGCGUCCGCCGACGCGAUCAUAUCGACGCCCCACCGCCCCAUCAACUUGCUCGCAUACAUCAGCGCCACCUGCUUCGCCGUGGUCGUCACCCCCACCCUCGUCACCUGGCUCCUAACGACAUACGCGGGCUGGUUCUUCACAGUCAUACUGGCCCCCACGUUGGCCAUCUGGGUGACCAAGGCCAAGGCCAACGCUCGCCAGAGUGACCAGCUGCGCCAGGCCGCGCUCGAAACAGCAGCCAAAGUGGAGGUGGACAAGCGUCUGGCCGCGGAGGAGUGUAAAGCCGUCCACCAUGCCGACUGGCGCGUGAUCCACAAGCUGCGGGAGGACGUCCGCGCCGCGGAGGAGCGGGAGCGCGUCGCAGCAGACAAGGCGGAGGUGGAUGCGGCCCUGAUUGCCAAGCUGCAAGACGAACUUGCUUGGGAGAUCAAGUGCGCAAAGCAGAAGCCAGAACUGAGUGCGCGCGACGUUGCGAAGCUGCAAGAGGAUCUCUACAUGGCCAAGCUGUACGCCAAGGAGCAUGACACAGAGAUCUGGAAGGCGAACAAUCGCACCCGCGAGGCCGCCGAGAGUGCCGCGGCAAGCGCGCAGGUUAUCACUCGCCUGCGUGAGGAGGGGACCAACGCCAGGACCAAGGCGGAGGCGGACGGACGCAUGAUUGCCGAGCUGCAGGACGCAGUCCGCGCCGCCGGGUCAAAGACCAAGGCCGACGCGCAGUUGAUUACCGAGCUGCGUACCCACGCCGACGACAAGGAGCAGCUGCUUGCCAACCUUUAUGCCCUGGUGGCCAAGAAGAACCUCCAGAUCGAAGACCUCCGACUCGAUAUCGCCAAACGCGACGCCAUUCUCGCCGACCUCAUGCCCGCUAGCUCGGACGGAGGGGAAUCGCGCUGCACCACCGAGGUGCCGGAGGAGUCUGCCGCCGAGGUGGAGGCGGCGCUGCCCCCGCCGGAGCUAUCCGAGGAGCAGUCGGCUGCUGACGUGCUGGAGGUGUCCGAGACACUUGAGCCGGCUCAUCCAGCCAACAUCUUUAUCGGCACACUAUGCACAGCCAUCGCGAUACUCGCCCUGGUGGCUGGGUACCUCGACCUCGGGGAUGGCCCGCCCAUCUGGUGGCUCUUCAAGUCGAAAACCGCCUGGUUCUGUGGGCUGGUAGUGACGCAAGGCGUCGCCUGGUCGGUUGCCGAGAAUACCAUGGCUGGGGAGCGCGCGGUCACAGACGCCAUGGCCGACGCGGACGCGCGCCGCAUCGCCAAGCUUCACAACAAGCUCCACGCCGCCGCGAAGCAAGCCGACAUGGACGCGGCGCAGAUCGCCAGGCUGAACGAGAAGCUGCGGGAGGCUGUGGACCGCAUCGUGGACGACGCGCACAUCAUUGCGGCGUACUACGAGUCCGAGUUGCGCAACAUGCGCCUCGCACUCAAGGUGCAGGAGGAGGGCAGCGUGCGUCCAAUGGCAAACCAGCCCGGUGUGAUGGCUCCCACCAUCUCGACCACGCAGUUGGAGCACGCUCUCAAGGCGUGUGCCCACACCAAGUUCUAUACCGGCGGCAUCGACUUCGCGCAGGCUGCCCAGGCGGGUAUGCGCAACGUGCCUGCGCAGACCUCGCCGCCCGCUGAUGUCGUGUCCUCAGAGGCAGGGCAGGUCGCUGAUGACUCGGCGAGCAUAGGGCAAGACUCCACGCUCGAGGAGGGAGAGGUUCCUGGCUACGAUAUCUGA